UGAAACUAGUGGCAGCUGGUGAUUGGUGGUGCCCGAGACAGCCAAUUGGAGAGAGGCACCUCAGAGCAGGCGUGUAGUGUGGGCCCAGCCCCCUAAGAGGAAGAGAAAGAAGGGGGGAAAAGGAGAGACGCAAAGCAAGUCAGGUGGUGAAAGGUGCAAUUUUUAGGGUAUUGCUAGUACAUGCAAGGAUGAAUGUCAGUAAAGUCUGCCUGUUAGUGCUCCUCCUGGGGCUGGCUCAGCUUGCUAUAUUAGCAAACUGCCAAGAAGAAGAACAAGGUGGAGAAUCUAUUACAAAAGAGGAUGAUGAUGAUGACGAUGAUGAUGACGACAAUGAAGAUGAUGACGAUGAGGAUGAUGAUUCUGAAGUUAAAGAAGAAAAUGGUGUUUUAGUUCUGAAUGAUGCAAACUUCGAUACCUUUACUGCAGACAAAGACACCGUGCUGUUGGAGUUCUAUGCACCAUGGUGUGGACAUUGCAAAAGGCUCGCUCCAGAGUAUGAGAAAGCUGCCCAGGAACUCAGCAAACGCACUCCCCCAAUUCCCCUAGCUAAAGUGGAUGCCAUUGCUGAAACAGAUCUCGCAAAGAAGUUUGACGUCUCUGGCUAUCCAACUCUGAAAAUCUUCCGCAAGGGCAAGCCUUUUGACUACAACGGCCCACGAGAAAAAUAUGGUAUUGUUGACUAUAUGAUUGACCAGGCUGGUCCUCCAUCCAAACAGAUUCAGGCUACCAAACAGGUACAAGAAUUUCUGAAGGAUGGUGAUGAUGUCAUAAUCAUUGGCAUCUUUAAUGGAGAGAUGGACAAAGCCUACCAGCUGUAUCAAGAUGCUGCUAAUGGCUUAAGAGAAGAUUACAAGUUUCACCACACCUUCAGCAGUGAGAUUGCAAAAUUCUUGAAAGUGACUCCUGGAAAACUGGUGGUCAUGCAACCUGAAAAAUUUCAGUCAAAACAUGAGCCCAAAAUGAAUGUUUUGGAUCUUAAAGAUUCUACUGAUGGGUCUAAAAUAAAGGAUCACGUGGCAAAACAUGCUUUGCCACUAGUUGGUCAUCGCAAAACCUCCAAUGAUGCUAAGAGAUAUGCUAAGCGUCCUCUAGUGGUUGUCUACUAUACUGUAGACUUUAGUUUUGAUUAUCGUGUUGCUACUCAGUACUGGAGAAGCAAAGUCUUAGAGGUAGCCAAAGACUUCCCUGAAUAUACUUUUGCCAUUUCUGAUGAGGAAGAUUAUUCUUCUGAAAUAAAGGAUCUGGGGCUGAUUGACAGUGGGGAAGAUGUUAACGCUGCAAUCCUGGAUGAGGGUGGCAAGAAAUAUGCCAUGGAACCAGAGGAGUUUGACUCUGAUGUGCUCAGGGAAUUCAUUUUGGCAUUCAAAAAAGGAAAACUGAAACCUAUUGUGAAAUCCCAGCCAGUACCAAAAAAUAACAAAGGGCCUGUGAAGAUUGUGGUGGGUAAAACAUUCGACGCCAUAGUAAUGGAUCCAAAGACUGAUGUCCUAAUAGAGUUCUAUGCCCCCUGGUGUGGACACUGCAAGCAACUGGAACCUGUAUACGCUGAGCUGGCUAAAAAAUAUAAGAACCAGAAAAACCUAGUCAUUGCCAAGAUGGAUGCUACUGCCAAUGACGUGACAAAUGAUCACUACAAAGUGGAAGGAUUUCCCACCAUCUAUUUUGCUCCCGGCAACAACAAAAAGAACCCUAUUAAAUUUGAAGGCGGGAAUAGAGACUUAGAGCAUUUGAGUAAAUUUGUAGAGGAACAUGCAACAAAACUAACGAGGACAAAAGAAGAGCUUUAGAUGAGCUGAGGGUGGAGAAAGAAUUUUGUACGUUGUAGGGAAAGCAAGUUACUCACAAAAUUUGUUGAGGGAACAAUUCAGCAGUUUAAGCAAAGGGGAUUUUUGGGCAGAAAAAAUAUUGCAGUAUCUGAUUUCUGUAUUACAAAAAAAUCAUUCUGGACACUGAACUUCUGUCUGACAUGAAUGUCUUUAUAGUUAUAGACUAGUUAUAAUUUUGAUCUUUGGAGGAAAAAUACAGUCUUUAUUUUUUGUGACUACCUUUUUGAGCUUGAUUAUUUUUUGAUUACAGUGCAGUUUGUUUUGGGUAUUUUUUAACUCUCUAAGAUUUAUCAAAAAAAAUAAUCUGCCAAACAGGCCUGUAUCUGCCUCUUCAUGUUUGUUAGGUUUUUUUAAGUUCUUUUUCUAUUUGAAUUUGAACAGCUGUUUCAUGUGGCUGUAUCCCUUUCUGUCUUGAAGGAUGAGAAGGGAAUUUUAAAAUAGAGACAACUGUCUUAUCAAGAUCAGAGGCAAACAACAAAGGUGCUAACUCAACAUGCUUCUGCACCUGUCUGCUUCCGCUUUAUGCGUGUCAUUUUAAGAUUACACUUCUGUUCCCUACAAAAAUACAAAAAUGUAUCUGUUCAUCAGUGGCUCCACCCCUCUCUCCCCUUUCACUCCUUUACUCCCAGGGACUGUAUUGAAUAUACUCUUAAAAAGUGAAGUGUAAUGCUUGAAGUAGGAGUAUAUGAUGACGUGUGUUGCUUAGUAUUGUAAUGCAGUCUAGAGAGAGGCUUUAAUAUUCUGAGAAUAAACCCUGAUUUGAACAA